AUGGUACCUGGUGUUGCGUUUUUGGCGUGCCCGGUGCCGCUCCGAUGGCAGGUGACGCAUCCAGCGUCCGACGGUACCGCGGCACCUCGUCGGCUGCAGCAGUCACGUCGUUGGGCGGCGCUGUGGCAGCCUCGCGGAACGCGCACUUGGCUUCAGUGCUCGUCUGCCUCUCUCGACAACUCGAACUUGGGACGGACUGAGCGGUUACGGGGCUCAGUGACGCUGUCCAGUCUGGGUGAUGACUGGGUUGAGGCGUUCACGCGGGCGGUGAACGCACUGCUCGAAAACCCGGAGAGCGACGUACCGAAACAGUUGCUCGAGUCGUUACUGGCUCCAGAUGCCAGAUGGAGUGGAGACCUGAUUGAACGCGCUACAACGCGGGCGUCCAUUAUCGACAAACUGGAACGGGCUGUUCACUUCUGGGAGUGCGCUGGCUGGUACAUCCCGCCGAACGGUGUACGGUAUCGGACAACGGCGGCGGAGCGCACCACUGCUUCCACCUCCGCGACUAUCCACGUGGAUAUAGAGUUUAUGGUGUCAGGACUGUGGCCUUUACCGUGGCGGCCACGCGUCGCCAGUGCUGGCACCUUAUCCGUGGAACUCGAGCUCACAGGUGAUGUAUCCAGGAGCAGGUUGCGGGCACGGAAUAUCAAAGACAGACUCGAACAGGCAACACUGCCGGUUCUCACGCAACUUGUACCGAGUUUGUCAGACUUUGCCGCUGUGUACGUUGCACCAAUGCCGGAGAACGAUGCGGUUUUCCGUCGACGUGCCAGUCAGAGCACUCUGCUGGACGCUUCUGCACAGCGGCCGUCAGCGCUUAAGCGCAGUCCUGAGUACAUCGACGGCAGCCACGAGCAACAACCAAGUGAAACCGCUGCCGCAUCGCCACCUGCGACACAAGCAGAGCGUCAGCGCGCGAAUACCCUGCCCACUGGACCUGAGAGCGUAAGCCGCGGUGGUUUUCGUUUACCGCCACGAUGCUAUCGCGAGCCUCCGUAUCGACCGUAUGUUGAGUGCUUCCUUCUGCCGGGAAUGACGCGCCCCGCCUCGAUAAAGUCAGCGUCGGGGUCGAUGUUUCCUGUAUUGCCCGCAUUCGUUUUUAACUUUAGUCGAUUUCGGAACCGUCUGGUGCUGGAUCCUCAACAGUUCGCCUUUGUAACACCUGUUCAGGUGCGACGCUGGCUCCUCGACGAACUCGACCAGAACGUUGGCGCUCUUCUGGAUAGAGCCGACUCGGUGCCUGCGCCCCGAGAGGAGCUAUAUCUUCCCGAAGCGUUCGAUGUCUUCGAUACUGAGGAUCUUUUCGACGAGAUUCAAAGUCAGAUCGCGAGUUGGUCGUCUCCUGUUGACGAUCAUGACGCAUCGGUGCUGCAAUGGCGCAUCCCUGUUCCGAUUCGUUUUGGACGAGGAAGGCGGGUUGUUGUUGCACCGCACCCGUAUGCGGAUGCGCUGGGACGGGGUGAAACCCCGUCGGACGAAAACCUGAAUGGUGCCCCAACGGGUGCUCAACAGUUUUCCUCUGCAGCGCUUCCACGCUCCGUUUUUCGGAUUCCGAGCGCAGUCUCUCCGGUUACGGUGGAGCGCUUAGAGCGCACGGGCGCUCCGCCGCUGCCUUCGAUAUCCGCCAACGGCCGCGUGCUUGUGCGUUAUGCGCUCAGCGAAGGCACGGGGUGUGUAUUCUUCGCUCGUCGGUUUCGGGGUAUGCUCACACCGGGACGUCUCGCUCGGCUCCGCUACGACCUGCUGAUGGAUUUGCGUCUUGCUGGUCGCGUGCCGGCUGGUUGGCUACCCCACGAGUCCCGAUGGCGACUUUCUUGUUAUGAUUGCUCGGUUGGAUUCGAUGAAAACGCGGAGAUCUCCGUUGCUGUUUACCGCUCGAGUCGCCCGCUGUUUUGUAUCUUUGAACUAGCACUUGAGGUGCCGCGGGCUUUCUCACAGGCAGAUACGGCAGCAUCGUAA